AUGUCUAUUAUCUGUUUGAUGGUAAUAUGGUAUUUUUAUUUCAUCAUCAAUAUCACGGCUAAAACUAUCAAACUACCUAUCACUAAACAAAUACAACAAUCAAAGUCUAUCCUAAAAAGAUCCAAUCAACCAGAGUAUAAAUCGUUACUCUACAAUGAUGAAGGGACAGAGUACUUAAUUUCCAUAUCAGUGGGAACACCACCACAAGAUUUCAGAGUUGCUUUGGAUACAGGAAGUUCUGAUCUUUGGAUUCCAUCUGUUGAUUGUUCUGAGCAAUCUUGUCCGCAUGAUCGUUUUGAUGCCACCAAUUCAUCUACCUUCCAAACCUCCCAUCAACCAUUUGCAAUCACCUAUGGGAUUGGUCAAGUUCAAGGCAUCUAUGGUAAAGAUACAGUAAGAGUAGCAGGAGUCCAGAUCGAGAAUCAACAGUUCGGACUUGCGAAGAAUUCCAAAGAUAUCAUCAUGGCCACCAAAUCACAACUACAAGGCAGAGAAGAUGAUGACAAAUCCAAAGUGACGGCCAAUGGGAUUUUGGGACUAGGGUUUCCAAGCUUGACGCAUUCUGCCAACGAACAAGGAGAUGCCUACAAUCCAUUUGUAUUUUCAUUGGUAGAGCAAGGACAUAUCCAAGAACCUAUAUUCUCGAUCAUGAUGGGAUCUUUCUACGAUAAAGGUUGGGCUGGAGAAAUUGUAUUUGGUGGAGUGGAUAAAACAUAUCAAAAUCAAAUGCAUUAUGUUCCAUUGACACCAUCUAAUAAUAAAGAUCCACAACAAGAAGAUAAAAAACAUCAUUACACGUAUUGGAUGGUAUAUGGACAAGGUAUUCAACUUCAACAAGGAACACAAAUAAAACGAUUUCCAUUCAAGCCAUUAAAGGGAUUCAUCAUUGAUACUGGGACAACGUUGACCUAUAUGGAAAAGGAUUUGGCCGAACAGAUCGUCAUCAGUGCAGCAGGAUCUAAUAAUAAAAGAAAUAAUAGAGAUAAAGUAUUAAUGGACCAAACCACUGGAACAUAUAUCAUUGAUUGUGAUGUCUAUCAUACCGAUCAAUUAUUGGUGUUGGAAAUAUCCGUUGAAAAUAAGGCAAUUGAAGAACCUGUACGUAUUACUGUUCCUAUUCGCGAUUUGGUGAUUCCAUUGAAUGCUGACCAUCCAAAAAAAGCAACACAAUGUAUGUUUGGUAUUGCACCAUGGUUACAGUCCAAUAAGAAGAAUAAGAUUGGGUUAGAAAGAAAUGGACUUCAAAUAGUAUUAAUUGGUGAUUCUAUCCUUCGAUCAACGUAUCUUGUAUUUGAUAUGAAUAAGAGAGAAAUUGGUUUUGCUGCAGUCAAAGAUCUUCCAAAUACUAUUGUUACAGGACCAAAGAGUAAUCUUUUGAUGAAGCGUUUAGCAACUGCAAGUCAUAACAAGAUUUAUCCAUCUAUUUUACCUAAAAGUGAAUUACAAUUAAGAAGAAUACUUUUGACGACAAGAUUAUGGAAUGAAGUCCGACGACAACAAGAAUUAGUUUUUACAUCUAUUCAGGAUGAUUGGAUGAUUUCUCAAGAAGAUCAUGAAUCAACCUUAGAUGAUGACAAUGAUACAACAAUUUCUGAAAAUUUGACUUCAACAUCACCUGACAAAGAUCAAUUAUUAUCCUAUUCCAAUGAUGAUGAAGAUGAUGAUGACGAUGAUGAUGAUGAUGAUGAUGAUGAUGAUGAUGAUGAUCCAAGCUGGGCAUGGUUGAAUGAUGACGAUAAUGAAGAAAUACGACAAAACACAAAAUUAUCAUAUAAUUGGAUGUAUAAUGAGACAAAAGAUCACGAGGUAUCAACAUUGAUCACAAGCAAACCAUCUUCUUCAAAAACAUCCUCUUCUUCUACAACCGAUACUCAAGAAACCGAUACCAUGAUGAUAAGUUCUUCGGAAACUUGGACAAGGAAACGUUGCUUAUCUUCUCCCAUACCAGAAACGUCAGAAUCAACAAAAAAACGCAUCAAAUCAUCUUCAACAUUUACUACCUGCACUUCUCCAUCUUCUUCUUCUUCUUCGACAACUACUGAUCCUUCGGCCGGUCCGCGAUCUUCUUCAACACCUUCAAGCCCUGUGUUACUUAGUGUGUGAAUCCAUUUGUAUGUUUUAUAUUCCAUUUGCUCUUUAUUAGGUCCCUCCUUAUUCCGUAUAUAUACAUAUAUAUAUAUAUCUAUCUAUUUAUCUAUCUAUCUAUUUAUUUCCUCCUAUUUUUUUUUCUCCAAUAUAUAUAUCCAUAUAUAUUCCUCCCAAUCUACCACCAUCAUUCUUUUUUUUUUUUUUCUCUCUCUC